GACAGUCCAGCAGUGCCGAGCGCUUUACAACAUCUGUACACGCUGUAUCCUUAUGGAGUAACACAGCUGUCGGUUAGAUUUCUUUUGCUUUACUAUGUCUUAGAGAAACUUUUUCAGCUGUAGGUGGGAUUUUGCCUGAUAGAGGUGAGUGUGUGUGUGAGUGAGUGUGUGUGUGUGUGUGUGUGUGUGUGUGUGAGAGAGUGUGCGGUUGAUGGAGUCCACAGGCGCGUGCGACGAAGCGAAUCUCCGCGAGCUCUUCCGCGCGUGCGACGUCGACAACUCGGGCGUGAUUGAGAAAUGGGAGCUCGAGCAGAUGUGCUCGGAGCUCCGCGUGCGCUCAGCGGACAUCGAUGACAUCUUCACGAAACUGGACACGAACGAGGACGGAGCGAUAAACAUGGACGAGUUCAUCCGCGGCUUUCACACAGCGGCCAGCGUGUCGCCUGAAGGAGACAUGAGAGAGCGGCUGAACGGCGCCUGGGAGGAGUUCAGGAGCCGGCUCGGGGAAUUGAACAAAUUCAUACCGCGAAUUGAUCAGGUUUCGACUCUGUACCAGAACAUCAGUCUGACCGACCCCAGAAUGAUUCCUCAGUUUGAGAAAGUCCUUCUAAACCUCAUCAGUGAGAUCAAACUCCAGAGUAAAGAGAUGGAGCGCCUGGCACUGAGUGCCAAAAGGGCUCAGGACAAGGCUGCCAUUCAGCUGAGUGCGAUGGAGGAGGAGAUGGACCAGCGCAUUCACACAACCGAGAGAAACACACGCAUGGAGGAGUCUAAGAAGGCAGAAGCAGCACUGAGUAUUAUGAAAGGGCAGUACGAAGCUCAGCUGAGUGAGUUACGGCAGAAGAUCCUCACCCUGCAGAUGUUUGAAGACCAGAACAAGAGCAGCAGCCUCAAAGAAGAAAACGUAGUACUGAAGCGAAAGAAUAAUGACCUGACCCUGCAAAACCAGAAGCUGAAGCAGGAACUGCUGGAGUCACACACAAAUAUCGCGUUUCUGCAGAGUGAGCUGGACUCGCUCAAGAGUGAUCUCACUGACCAGAGCAUCAACCUCGAGCAAGGUGAAGCCCUAAUGAGGUCUUUUUCUGAGGAGAGGGACAACCUGGAGAGGCAGAUUGAGAUCCUUCAGUUAGCAAACAGGAAGCUUCAUGACACCAACGAUGGGCUACGUACGACUCUGGAGAACAGCCAGAGCAAAAACAAGAAUCAGAGAGGUACUGGACUGUCUCCUGCAAGUACCAUCGAUAGGACAAAGAGCAUGUGCACUCCAUAUUUUGAAAGGUGCUGUAAGGGCUACAUGGAUGAUGAUUACGAGCAGCUUAGGAUAACUGAGUGCCUGCAAACUCCGAGCAGGGAAUCUUUAGCUCUGGCGCUCUGUGAUCCCAUGCGCAGACACAGCAGCUGUGAGGUGGACAGCCUGGACGAGAGCUGCGUGGACAGCGGCAUGUCCACUCUGCGCUCUAACAACGGCUACGACUCAGAGCAGGAGAGCACAAGUCAAAGAGUCGCUCACAUGGCUGCCUUCAGCUGCUCAGGAGACACCUCAGACACGGAGGUGCCAGAAGUACGAGACGAGACAACAUGCGAAUCAGACAGCGAGUCUGUCCUGAACGUGACUUUAAAUCCCGUCAACACAAAAGACGUCACUGCUUCAGGAAAGAAAAGUCUUUCAGCCAUCUUCAACGAGAAACUGAAGGGUGAGGCAUUGGGGAUGGCUCAGGCAUCUGGAAAAACAUACAAGAUUGUGUUAGCAGGUGAUGCUGCAGUGGGCAAGUCCAGCUUCCUCCUACGCCUCUGUAAAAAUGAGUUUAAAGGGAUCACCAGCACCACUCUGGGAGUUGACUUCCAACUGAAGACCCUUGUGGUAGAUGGAGUGCCGACGACGCUGCAGCUUUGGGAUACAGCGGGUCAGGAGAGGUUCAAAAGCAUUGCGAAAUCCUACUUCAGGCGGGCCGAUGGCGUUCUCCUGCUCUAUGAUGUAACCUGUGAGAAGAGUUUUCUAAAUGUGCGAGAAUGGAUCGACACCAUAGAGGAUGUGUCCCAAGAUAAAAUCCCCAUUAUGCUGGUCGGGAAUAAGACAGAUCUGCGGCAGGAAGCUCUUCAAGGUGAUGUCCUGUGCAUUUCAACCAGCUGCGGAGAGAAACUAGCCAGGACUUACAGCUCCCUCUUCUGUGAGACGAGUGCAAAGGAUGGCUCAAACAUCAUUGAGGCCGUACUCCAUUUAGCACGAGAGGUUAUUAAAUACGCACAUGAACGCAAGAACUCAACAUUGGGGCAAAGCCUCUCUGGGAGCCCCAACACCAGUUCAAAGUGCUGCAAGGCCUAAUGCAUGUUCUUUAUCAUCUUAAAACACACAUACAGUGUGUGUGUGUGUGUGUUAUAAUGCUUGUUUCAGAAAGAUGGCACUGGUGUGUAUGAGGCCUUUAUACAUUUCUAUGCAUGCCUGUACUGCAGCCUACCUCUGAUUGCACAGCUCAAGCUUUACUUUUCAUGUUUUACAAAGUCACUGUUCAUUAGCUCAAACACCAAACAGAUACAGAAUGCUAUUUUGCACAUACGAAAGACGCAAUCAUUCUUUGACAGGUUAGUAAAUCAGGUAUUAGUAAAAUAUGCAAACCUUUAAGUUAGUGCCUUAUGUCCUAAGAAGAACUGCAGUCUGUCACAAGUCAAAUCAUGCCUGAAGUACAAUAUUGAGGAGUAAAAUGUUUAUUUAUGACAAUUACAAUGGUGUUUAAGAGUUUGUGAACCCUUUAGAAUUUUCUAUAUUUCUGCAUAAAUAUGACCUAAAACAUCAUCAGAUUUUCACACAAGUCCUAAAAGUAGAUAAAGAGAACACAGUUAAACAAACGAGACAAAAAUAUUAUACUUGGUCAUUUAUUUAUUGAGGAAAAUGAUCCAAUAUUACAUAUCUGAGAGUGGCAAAGUAUAGUUCGUAUAGUAAAAUAACCUGACAGGCAUUACUUAUCCUGUAUAUUUUCAAACAUUUCCUUUAGUAUAACGUUCUGAUUCCAAUAAUGUUUGCAGGUAACCUUGAUUUACUGAUAUAGUAGCUAACUAUAGCUACAGUUUUAGAACAAAAUAUAGGACAUUUCAAUUUGCGAUUGCUUUUCAUACAAAACAACCAAAUCCAGUCCCUGAUAUGCCUGUGAACAGGUAUACAUGAACAGGUACCAACGCUAUAAUGUAAUUAUUAAUGUAAUUAUAGCUAGUUGUCUUCAAAAUUUCAGAUCCAGAACUGAGUUUUAUUUUAGGAGAUUCAAACUAGCAACGUUCUACAAAUUACAGAACACACAAAUUCACAGA